AAGAAGAAGAAGAAGAAGAAGAGUAUUUGUCGCUGAGAGCCGCUGGAUGGCAUGGUUUACGUGUGUGAAGAGGAAGGUAGCAGGUUUAAAUGCGUUACUUUGCGUUGGAAAAAGAGAAAACAGUCAUUUUCUGAGACACUUGAAUCGAAACGUGAGUGUUAAAACUCUGGGAACGCUACGGACAGCGCAAGUGUCCUUUAUAAACUUGAACUUCCCAAAACAAGAGUCCUACACUGCAGCUCACGCCAUGGAGACUAAAGAUGCCGCGGUUGAAGAAGACAGCUGUGACACGGACAGCACUGUAAGAACAAACUGCGGUAAACGUAAAAACGAGGAGACAGACGAGGCAGCGAAACGAGACAGCCGCAAGAAGCACAAGAAGAAGUGCGUGAAACAGCUGCGUCCCGGAGAGAGGCACGUGCCUCCGCCGCAGAAACGCAACACGGGCGUGAGUUUCAGUCGAGAACAUUUUGAGGAAACCUCCUACUAUUUUGAAGGCGGUCUUCGCAAAGUGUAUCCUUAUUAUUUUGAUUUCACAACUUACUGUAAGGGACGCUGGGUUGGUAAAACACUACUAGAAGUUUUUAAGAGUGAAUUCCGGGCGGAGUCUCUGGAUUACUACAAUAAGGCUGUCAAAGAAGGGCGUAUUAAACUGAAUGAAACACCUGUGGAUGACCUGAAUCUAAUACUGAAGAACAAUGACUUUAUGAGGAACACCGUGCAUCGUCAUGAGCCCCCUGUGACUGGGAGGCCCUUGGAGGUUCUGGUGGAUGAUGGGGAAGUUGUGGUGGUGGAUAAACCUGCCUCACUGCCUGUGCAUCCCUGUGGCCGCUACCGUCACAAUACUGUCAUUUUCAUUCUGGGAAAGGAGAAAGGCCUUAGUGGGCUUCACACAGUACAUCGGCUGGACCGCCUCACCUCAGGUGUGCUGCUGUUUGCUCGUACACUCGAGGUCUCCAAAAAGCUGGAUGCGAUGGUUCGUGAGAGACAGUUAGAGAAGGAGUAUGUGUGUCGUGUGGAAGGGGAGUUUCCAGAGGGUGAGGUGGUGUGUGAGGAACCCAUCCUGGUAGUGUCCUUCCGCGUGGGCCUCUGUAGGGUGGAUCCCAAAGGCAAAGAAUCCCGCACAGUUUUCCAGAGACUAAGCUAUAAUGGGCACUCUAGUGUAGUCCGCUGUCUGCCUCUCACAGGACGUACGCACCAGAUUCGUGUUCAUCUUCAGUUCCUUGGCUUUCCAAUCCUCAAUGAUCCCAUCUAUGGGUCUUCUGCAUGGGGUCCAAACAGAGCCAAAGGAGGGCUAGUAGGUAUGAGUGAUGAAGAGCUUCUAGAAGCUCUUAUAGAAGAGCAUCGUUCAAAGGAGAGUCUGCACUUGUUGGAUUUGCCUGACGAAGAGGUGUCAGGAAAGCAAUUGGCCAAGAAAGAGUAUAGUGAUGGUGCUCAAGAACACAAUGACCAAAUAAACGCACCUGAGUCAAGUGGUGUUGCAUGUGAUGACAAUUCCUGUAAAUUGACACAAGAGGAAGUGAAGGCAGAAGGUAGUCAAGAACUUCACAAGAGCACAUCUGCUGCUGAGACUGAGGGGGAGAUUAAUGGCGAUGAAGCCUCCAGAACUGCAAAAUCAAAUACUUUCAUCAGAGAUAAUUUAUGUGGUGAGUGUAAAAUUGUGCGACCUGACCCAAUGGAGAAGGAUUUGAUUAUGUACCUACAUGCAUUACGCUACAAAGGACCUGACUUUGAAUACUCCACCCAAAUGCCUGACUGGGCUAAAGAAGAUUGGCUUCAGGAUUAAACUAAAAUCAGAUGUAUUCAUGCAUCAUUCGUUACUUGAUAUUUCCAUGUGUUUACAACGAUUGGGUUUAAAAAAAAAAGCUUUGCAUGAUUACUGGUUACUUUUUUAAUUUAUUUUCAUUUAAACGUUAAACUUAGACAAUACUGCGGUGCAUUUCUUCUUCGUCAUUUUUAUUUUUAUUCCUUAUAUUUGAAAAGGACACAAUCACAUCUGACAUGAACAUACAGCAAUAAAGAGUUUUUUUUCCUUUUUCUUUUGUGAGAAUAAAAAAAAUAAAGUAUGUAUAUAUAUAUAUAUAUAUAUAUAUAUAUAUAUAUAUAUACUUCUCCCCCUUUAAAUAGUAGGUAAGAACAAUUUUAAUUAAAAUGCCAUGUUAUGCAUAUAAAUGAACCUGAGGUUUUUAGUAAAUUGUUUAAUGAAAGUCAAUUUUCAACCUGUUGUGAACUAAAAACCACCAGAGAAAGUCAGAAAUAGAUUGCAAUAUACCCUCAAUUUAAAAAUAUUUUUAUUUUUACUGAACUUCAUAGUUUAUCUUCAGACAACUUCAAAUCUGACUUUACGCACAGGCUAUCAACAAUAGUUCCACACCAGCAGGUGUUAUAAUACAGCUGCAUAAUUUUAGGGGAAAAAAAAACUUUUUGGCACAAAAAUCGUUCUUACAUUUUGGCACUUUGUUUUUUAAGAUGCUUUGAAAAUGUCAAGUACACAUCCACUGGCCUUAAUGAAGUAACAUUACAUCAAUCUGAAUAUAAAAAGUAUGUUCUUUCAAGCAAAACAUUUUGCAGUAUAACUGACAUUUGCUAAGAUUCCAGUUUCAUCUUUGUGCACAUCACAAAACACCACAUUUUACAUACAACCUUCUGCAUUCUAAACAAUGAGUAUCUUUCAAAUACAUAACAUAGAGGUAACACUCACAGUUUUGUAUAGGGUUCAAAUAUUGGUAUUGUGUUUUUUCAUAGAUCUGGGAUAUAAGUGAAACAUGUCCACACUCUGAAGCAUUCAGAUUAAAGAACAUUGUUGCAAUUGGCCUAUA